AUGGCUCUGGUCUUUGUGAGAAAGGGCGCAACCCUUGUUCCUGCGUGGGUCAAGUCGGCUUACAUCGUGGAUGUCGACACCAUUGAGAAUGACAGCAUGUGGGUCAAAGAAAGAGAGGACUUGAAGAAAUUGCCAAAGUCUGACUUGAUUGACCUUUUGUCUCGUGGCGAUGCAAGUCCUGCGCGGGAUAAUGUGCUGGACAAGAAGCGUGAGAAGAUGACCAAGACUGUAUUGGCUGACCAAGUGUUUGAACGCUUUGAUGCCAUCGUGUCCAAGACGACGGAAACCAGCAACAUCUUCAAGUAUGGAAGGGCUAUGGCUGAUGCUCUUGGCAAUGCAUUGUCUGGCGCCAGUAGCAGUGGCGAGGUCGCGGAACCGGAUGAGGUCAUGGAUUGGCUACUCACUCACAACCAUGUCAUGCUCUCCCGUGAAGAUGCCCGAGAUGAACACGGCUCAGAUGUUGAGAAGGACAGCAACUCAACUCAGAGCGAGAGUGAAGCGGGUUCGGAUGAUGGUUCUUGCACAAACGGUGGUUCCAUGGUGCUUGACCUUGAUGACCUGCAAGACUGGAGCCCCAGGUAUUUGAACACUUGGGAUGAUGACAUCAAGUUGGUUGGCAUCAAUCUGACAACCCCGAAGUUGAGUUUGACUGCUCCGAUGUAUACAACAUUGCUUGAGGUGAAGACAGCCAUUUGUGAGGCAAUCAAUGCGAAGCAGGAGGAAAACGUGGCUCACAUCCAUGUGUCCGACUUCAUCCUGAAGCAUGGAAUGCAAAAGAUGCAGGACGACCAUAACCUUGCAACCUACACUGCAAAUGGUGAGGAUGCAUUGAAUCUCAGGAUGGAGCUUCGCCUUCGCGGUGGUGGAAAGCGUGGGAGAAACCAAGCUCCCGAAGACAAGGAUGAAAACCUUACGACCUUGAAGGGCUUGAAGGAAGCGGUGCGAGAUGGUGUUGUCCAGCUCAAGUCAAUUCAGUCCCCUUCGCCUACAACAACCGAGGCGAUGGAAAAGGCAGAGUUCAUUUUGCAGACCAUUGAGACCAACCCCAAGACAUCGGCAUCCAAUUUGAUUGAGCACAUCCCCCGCGACAAACUUGGAACAAUCGUGGCAGGCACCAUCCCGGCAGGAACAAGACCUAUGACAAGGCUUCGCUACGUGACAGAGCAUUCCAUGGCAGACCUCUUCAAGAAGCUGGAGA